GCUAGUCUCCUUCUUUCUUAACUCAAAAAAAAAAAGUCUCCCAUGAUGGAAUUAAGCACUUCCACUCUAGUACUUUACCCUGCAUCCCAACCUGAGGAACCCAAAGAUGAGAAUGAGGCUUUUGUUUUUGACUCAAAUUUGCUGCAAAAGCAGGUCAUGCCCAAAGAGUUCUUUUGGCCAUGUGGUGACAUGGUUAACACCACCCAAGAGGAGCUCAAGGAACCCCUCAUAGACUUAAGUGUCAUGAAAAAAGGUGAUGAAAAAGCUAUUGCUUCUGCUGCAGAGCUUGUUAGAAAAGCCUGCAUGAAGCAUGGCUUCUUCCAAGUGAUCAACCAUGGUGUUGAUCAAGAUCUCAUUCAUGCUGCUUAUCAUGAAACUGACUCCAUUUUCAAGCUCCCCAUCAGCAAGAAGCUCAGUGCUAAGAGGGAACCUGGUGGGGUCUCUGGCUACUCAGGUGCUCAUGCAGAUCGCUACUCUUCCAAAUUGCCAUGGAAAGAGACAUUUUCUUUCCUAUACAAUCAUCAAAACAACUCCAAGUCCCAAAUUCCUGAUUACUUCAUGUCUGUCUUAGGAGAAGACCUUCAACACACAGGGACGGUGUAUCAGAAGUACUGUGAAGCAAUGAAGGAACUUUCUUUAGUAAUUAUGGAGCUUUUGGCCAUUAGUUUGGGGGUGGAUCGUUUGCAUUAUCGAAGAUUUUUCCAUGAUGGUGAGUCAAUAAUGAGGUGCAACUAUUAUCCUCCUUGCAACAGUUCCAACCUCACCCUUGGAACUGGCCCUCACUCAGACCCGACAUCACUAACCAUUCUUCAUCAAGACCAAGUUGGAGGUCUAGAAGUUUUUGCAGAUCACAAAUGGAUGGCUGUUCGACCUCGACCUCAAGCCUUGGUCAUAAACAUUGGUGACACUUUCAUGGCAUUGUCAAAUGGAAGAUACAAGAGUUGUCUCCACAGGGCAUUGGUUAACACAUACCUGGAGAGGAGGUCAUUGGUUUUCUUUGUGUCCCCAAGAGAAGACAAGGUGGUGAGACCCCCAGAGAGUCUGUUAAGCAGAAAUGAGCCAAGGAAGUACCCUGAUUUCACAUGGUCCAAAUUGUUCGAAUUCACACAAAAGCACUACAGGGCUGAUGUUACUACUCUCCAAAGCUUCAUUCAAUGGCAUUGCUCUUCCAAGCCAUCCAAUUUCUAGUUGCCUAGCUGUUCAUGACCAUUGCUAUUGGCUAAUGUCACUAGCAGGGUUUUCGAUUGCGGUCACAUCAACCCGCAUUUGUCUGCACACAACCGCAAUUUAAGACCUAGUUAUUGGUCACUAGUACUAUUAUACUUCAAGUCUCGCUCCUUUUUCUUAUUCUGUCAAGUGAUAUCAGGAGGGUAUUUACUACCUGUGCAUACUAGCUGUCUAGUAUGAAUCAUGAUACCCUUGUUUUGAGUACCCUGUACAGAUGUUUGUUUGAAAUUCAAUUUUCUGUCGUGUGUCAAGGUAUCUUUGUGUUUGAGUUUUAA